UGCAAACUACGACGACUUUGCUGCCACCAGGCAGCCUUUGGAAUCCAUCCGCACUUUGUACAAGGUGUCUCGUCCAAGGACAUUGUGAUUGACGAGAUUUCAGGCCUCUCGGCACGGAUUUUCCUCCCGGAAUGCGAGCACGGUUCGAAGCUGCCAGAGUUCGUCUACUUGCACGGUGGUGGAUUCCUGGUUUUCACCCCAAAGUUCCAAUUUUUCCACUAUUUCUGCGAAUCCAUGGCUAGAAAUCUCAAAGCCCUGGUGGUCUCUGUGGAUUACAGGCUCGCUCCCGAGCAGCGGGUGCCGGCAGCGUACCAAGACGCCGCUAGAACUCUGCAAUGGCUCCAAGAACCACACUUUUCGGGCGAGGAUUGGAUUCGUUCCCAUGGCGAUUUAUCCCGUGUUUUCAUCUCGGGCGAUAGCUCCAGGGGUCGUGGGGUCGUCCUCGUCCAGCCUUUCUACGGCGGCAUGGAUCGCAAGGACUCGGAGGUGGAGUUUGCCAAUGGCGAGAUCCUCACCAUGGAGAGCUCGGAUCUCUUCUGGAAGCUUGCACUCCCAAUUGGGGCCGAUCGCGAUCAUCCCUAUUGCAACCAGCCCAAGUUCCUGGAGGAAAAUCGAGUUCCGCGAGAGAUGGCUCCAAUUUUCAUGGCGAUUGGGCGCAAAGAUUGUUUGUACGCGAGGCAAGUAGAGGUCGCACGACGUCUACAGGGGGCAAACAAGCACGUCCAGCUCGUGGAAUACGAUGAUGCCGCCCAUGCGUUCUACUUGGGGCCUCCAUCUUCGGCGUUGGAUCGGUUCUUCGUUGACUUAUUUGGGGAAGUUCGUAAAUUGAAGAAGAAGAACAAGAAGAGGAAGAAAGAGGCUAAGGCAGGUAAACCAGCUAAACCUAAGCAACCGGACUUCUCUUCAAAUUCUGAGGAUGAUGAAGUUUUGCAACUGCCCCGGGUUGCACGAGUUUCAAAGUUCAAGCCUCCAAAACCACCUAAUUUUAGAGGCAUGCAGGACAAUCAGGUUUUGGAAGAUUGGGUCUACGAUAUGGAAAACAAUUUCAUAGCGGCAGAUGUAGAUGAUUGUAUGAAAGUUGCGUGUGCACAAUUCUUUUUCACCAAUCAUGCCAAAAACUUGAUGGAAGACAGUGGUGGUGAAGCUAAAGAGGUUGACAAGUUGGUCAAUGCAAACUAUGAGGAAAAGGAGGAUUGGGAUGCAAAGUUCCUGAUUGCGAGGGCUGCUCAAAAAGCAACUAAGAGGGGAUGUUGGACCUUUUGGGUUCAAGUGAUGGAAGCUGAGGGUGUUGGUGACUUAGUUCAAAUCGGUGAUGGGGUUGAUCCUAUACCAAAAAAGAUAUUGAAGUUGUUGGCGCAGAAUCAGGAUAUUUUCCCAAAGGAUUUGCCGCCAAGGCUACCUCCUAGCCGUGAAGUUGAUCAUUAG